CGUGGAGGGAAAAAGAUAGCCCGCAAGGAGCAACGCCCUCCACCAAGAAACUCUCUCUCUUUCUCUCUCUCAUCUCUGCAGGGCAAUUAAGUUAUCGACCCAUUUGAUCCUUUUCGAUACUUUUUUUUUUUCUCUUAAUUUAUAGGGCACAGCGCCGCUGGCCGCUAGCGCUGCGUAGUCUGUAUCGUUGGCUCUGCCGCUGAAUCUGAAAGGCUUUGAGGUCGGUCGUUCCAUUGAAGAGUUUUACUUGUUUAGGGAUAGGAGUGAUCGGGUUGUAGCGUGGAGUCGGUGAGGUAGGUGGGUUAGAUGAAGGGAAUCGAAGGGUUGGGUGGGGUUUCUGGAAACCCUAACUCCGAUGAUUGUCCGAAGGAGUUCGGCGAUCCUGUAGCAGAUAGUUCUUGCUUUGAUUCUUCACAGUAUGCAUUUUUUGGUAAGGACACUGUGGAAGAAGUUGAAUUAGGGGGCCUAGAAGAUGAUGAUGAUGCAGUUGCACUGGUUCGAGAUCUUGGGAUUGAUGAUGAGGAGUUCAAUUAUUCUUUUUUUGGUGGUAGAGGAGAGGGUGAAAUUUUAGGAUCCUUGUCUGAAAUCGAUGACCUUACUACCACUUUUGCAAAGCUAAGCAGAACUAUUAGUGAACCAAAUAAUGCAGGAGUUAUUGGUGAUAGAGGGUCAUUUUCAAGAGAAAGUUCUUCCACUGUGGACUGGACACAGGAACCAGAUUUUUCCAACUGGUCGGAUCAGCAAAUAUUAGAUGCUGAAAGUGUUCAAGAAGGCAAAAGAUGGUGGUCACAGCCACAUUCAUCUCCAGUUCGACAUUUUGAAUCAAGGCCAUUGUACAGAACAUCCUCAUAUCCUGAGCAACCACUUCAGCAACAGCAUACUACUGCUCCUAUUCUACCCAAGUCAUCCUACACAUCAUCAUUGUACAGAGCAUCCUCGUACCCUGAGCAACCAUUAGAGCAACAGCAUAUGAGUGGCCCUCUUAUUGUACCGAAGUCAUCUUACAAGUCCUACCAUUUACCUGGUGGUCAAUCACAUAUUUCAUCACACCAACCAGAUAUAACAUCGCUUAGUACAGGAACUCAUCUGCCUUUGUCAGCACCUAAUCUCUCACCCUUGUCUGCUUCUCAGCUUCAUUUGUCAGGAUUGCUUCGGGGGUUGCCAUAUGCAGGAAACAUUUCCCAGUUUACUCCAGAUCUUCCAAUUAAUAGCAGACCACAGAGUCUAUGGAUGAAUGAAGCUUCCCUUUUUUCUGGGGAAAAUCACACUCCCCUACUUGGUUUGUUGCAACAACAGUUGCCUCAUCCCAAUGGUUUGUUGACUCCACAGCUUUUUUCACUUCAGCAGCAGCAGAGGCUCCAUCUCAAACAAUAUCUACCUUCUUUGCCACAGUUCCAGUCUCAACAUUUUAGUCACCUUCCUUCCUCUUAUUUGGCAAACAAUUUUGACGCAAAUCCUGGCAUUUCUGAGUUUAGAGAGCAUAGGCCAAAACCUUCUCAUAAAGGACGACAAAACAUGCGAAGUACUCAACAACUUGCUGAUGCUGGCAUUCGGAAGAGUGACAGUGGGUCAUUACAGUUUAAAUCAAAAUAUAUGUCUUCAGAAGAAAUAGAAAGCAUUUUGAGAAUGCAGCAUGCUGCAACACAAAGCCACGACCCUUACAUAGAUGACUACUACCACCAGGCCUGUUUAGCAAAAAAAUCUUCUGGGUCGAGGUUGAAGAACCAGUUCUGUCCAUCGUUCAUCAGAGACUUGCAUUCUCGCAGCCGUUCUAAUAAUGAGAAACCUGCAUAUCUACAAGUUGAUGCACUUGGCAGGAUUUCAUUCUCUUCCAUACGUAGGCCUCGCCCUCUACUUGAAGUUGACCCCCCAUCUGUUCUUGGUGAUGGAAUCCUUGAACAGAAGUCUUCUGUGAAACCCCUUGAGCAAGAAACUAUGCUGGCUGCCAGGAUCACCAUUGAGGAUGGUCUUUGUCUUCUUCUUGAUGUGGAUGAUAUUGAUCGGCUUUUAAAGUUCAGCCAAACUCAAGAUGGUGGCUCUCAACUAAAGCGGAGGCGACAGGUCCUUGUUGAAGGACUUGCAGCCUCCCUUCAACUUGCUGACCCGCUUGGCCCUGGUAAAGCUGGCCACUCUGUAGGACUUGGUCCAAAGGAUGAUCUCGUGUUCCUUCGACUUGUCUCCCUUCCCAAAGGCCGGAAGCUCCUUUCACGUUAUCUUCAGCUUCUUUAUCCUGGAAGUGAGCUUGCUCGGAUAGUUUGCAUGGCAAUCUUCCGUCAUCUGAGGUUUUUAUUUGGUGGCUUGCCCUCUGAUGCAAGUGCAGCUGAAACCAACAUAAAUCUUGCUCGGACUGUUUCCUCUUGUGUGUAUGGCAUGGAUCUCAGUGCAUUAAGUGCUUGCCUUGCUGCUGUUGUUUGUUCAUCGGAGCAGCCACCUCUUCGACCACUUGGAAGCACUGCUGGUGAUGGAGCCUCUAUUAUCAUAAAAUCUGUCCUUGAGAGAGCAACUGACCUACUGACUGAUCUACAUGCUGCCAACAAAUACAGCAUGCCCAGUAGAGCUCUGUGGCAGGCAUCUUUUGAUGCAUUUUUUAGUCUGCUGGCUAAGUAUUGCCUCAGUAAAUAUGACAGUAUAAUGCAAUCCUUGCUUACUCAGUCGCCUGGUGCUAACCUUGUGGGAUCUGAGGUAAACAGGGCUGUUAACAGGGAAAUGCCGGUGGAGCUGUUACGUGCCAGUCUUCCCCACACAAAUGACCGUCAACGGAAGCAGUUACUUGAUUUUGCACAGAGAUCUAUGCCUGUUAUUGGAUAUAGCGCUCAUGCAGGUAACAACGGCCCAAUGCCUUCAGAAUCAGUGCCUGGUUGAUAUGUCUCUACCGUUUAAAUGGGUGAACAAUGCACUUCCAUGAUCAGGCAUGCAAGCACCCUUUGGGCCAGUUCUUUUAUGAAUACAAGCCUUCAUUACCAUCACCAUGCAUCAUCAUCAAUGCUCAUAUCAGAAGGUGUGAGAAUUGCUUAUGCCCUGCGAUCAGAUGUUAGUUUUCACUGUGUUCUUUCUCUGAACUUUGUCUCUUCUAACAUGUAAACUUUAGAAACUGUUGGGAGUUACCGGGAGGUUUCUGCUUCUGGGGAGCUUUAUUUUGUUCGCUCUGCAUGGGAACUCCAGUUAAGUUUAUUAGUGCCUCAAACCUAUACAGGUUUGAUUCUGGAGACCGAUCAUUUCUUCAGUUUUUAGACAUCAAUGUGUCAUAAGGGUACUUCUAUGUGUGGAUUUGUUGUUGUAAUUAUUUUGAUAGAAUUUAUAUUUAGGUGGUUUAAUCACUUUUGCGUAGGGGGAAA